AUGAGGUCACAGAGGGACCGGGAACUUCGGGAGCUGAGGAACCAGGGCAAAGUCAUGGAGUGUGUUGGUCAACACCCGGCAAGUCAUUUCUUCCUCACAAGUGGACAAUACACCUCAUUUCGUGAAUGGAGAUUUAUACACCGGGCUAGACUCAACGAACUACCAUUAAACGCGAGACCAGGCUGUUCAAGAGACCCGCGUUGUAGGAGGUGUGGACAAUCAAACGAAACCCUCCCACACGUCUUGAAUCAUUGCAUGAGGUACUCGCGUUGGAUGGUAGAACGCCACGACGCCGUCGUCGAACGACUUAAAACGACCGUAGCUGCAGAAUUCUCAAUUCUUGCGGAGAAUCAAGUCGUCGACGAUACACUCCUGAGACCGGACCUGGUGAUAGCGAAAGGCAAUCAAGCCUUUAUAGACGUCACUAUUCCCUUUGAUAAUCGCUUAGCUUCUUUGGACGCAGCUUACAACGAGAAGAUAGCUAAGUAUCAAGGGAUAGUGCAGUUUCUGAAGCAAACUUACUCAUCGGUAGAUGUCGUGCCGAUAGUGGUUGGGUCCCUGGUACGCAAAAAAUGA